UCCACCCCGCCGGCGCGGAGCGCAGCGGAGCCGCUGCCGCCGCCACAGUAGCAGCAGCAGCAGUAGCAGCAGCAGCCGCGGCGGCGGUGGCGGGGCGCGCUCUCCGCAGGAGCUGCAUGUGCGCGGGAGGAGCGGUGGAGGAUGGCAGUGCUCAAGCUCGCCGACCAGCCGCCACUGGUCCAAGCGAUUUUCAGUGGUGAUCCAGAAGAGAUACGAAUGUUGAUCUACAAAACCGAGGAUGUCAACGCCUUGGAUGCCGAGAAACGAACUCCUCUUCACGUUGCAUCAUUCCUGGGAGAUGCAGAUAUCAUCGAGCUUCUCAUUUUGUCAGGCGCUCGUGUUAAUGCCAAGGACAAUAUGUGGCUGACUCCUCUCCAUCGGGCAGUUGCUUCAAGAAGUGAAGAAGCUGUGCAAGUAUUGAUUAAGCAUUCGGCUGACGUCAAUGCUCGGGACAAGAACUGGCAGACACCAUUGCAUGUGGCAGCUGCAAACAAGGCCGUGAAGUGUGCAGAGGUCAUCAUCCCCAUGCUCAGCAGCGUCAACGUCUCUGACCGAGGUGGGCGGACAGCACUGCACCAUGCGGCACUGAAUGGCCACAUUGAGAUGGUGAACUUGCUCUUAGCCAAGGGAGCAAACAUCAAUGCUUUUGACAAAAAGGACAGAAGAGCUCUUCACUGGGCAGCGUACAUGGGUCACCUGGAAGUUGUUGCCUUACUGAUUAAUCAUGGUGCAGAAGUGACUUGUAAAGACAAGAAGGGUUACACCCCACUUCAUGCAGCUGCAUCCAAUGGGCAGAUUAACAUUGUGAAACACCUCCUUAACCUGGGGGUAGAGAUUGAUGAGAUGAACGUGUAUGGAAAUACUGCACUUCACAUUGCCUGUUACAAUGGUCAGGAUUCUGUUGUUAAUGAGCUGAUUGACUACGGUGCUAACGUAAAUCAGCCUAAUAAUAAUGGAUUCACUCCCUUGCAUUUCGCUGCUGCCUCUACUCACGGAGCACUGUGUCUUGAACUACUAGUGAAUAAUGGGGCAGAUGUUAACAUUCAGAGUAAGGAUGGGAAGAGCCCAUUGCACAUGACAGCCGUCCAUGGGAGGUUCACACGGUCGCAGACCCUCAUUCAGAAUGGAGGGGAAAUCGACUGUGUUGAUAAGGAUGGUAACACCCCUCUACACGUGGCUGCAAGAUACGGACAUGAGCUUUUGAUUAACACCCUCAUAACCAGUGGAGCUGAUACUGCCAAGUGUGGGAUCCACAACAUGUUCCCUUUACACUUAGCAGCACUGAAUGCUCACUCAGACUGCUGCAGGAAGUUGUUGUCAUCGGGACAAAAGUAUAGCAUAGUGUCCUUGUUUAGUAAUGAGCACGUGCUGUCUGCAGGCUUUGAAAUAGACACCCCUGAUAGUUUUGGAAGAACGUGCCUCCACGCUGCCGCUGCAGGAGGUAAUGUUGAAUGUAUAAAACUCUUGCAAAGCAGUGGAGCAGAUUUUAAUAAGAAGGACAAAUGUGGGAGGACACCUUUGCACUAUGCAGCUGCAAAUUGUCAUUUCCACUGUAUUGAGACACUGGUGACAACAGGAGCCAAUAUUAAUGAAACAGAUGACUGGGGACGCACCCCUUUGCACUAUGCUGCUGCUUCUGACAUAGACCGAAAAAGAAAGAAUAUUUUAGGUAACUCCCAUGAAAAUGCUGAAGAACUUGAAAGAGCCACUGAGAUGAAGGAAAAAGAAGCUGCAUUGUGUCUGGAGUUCCUCCUACAAAAUGAUGCCAAUCCAUCCAUCCAAGACAAAGAGGGGUACAACACCGUGCAUUAUGCUGCUGCAUAUGGGCACCGGCAGUGUUUGGAACUGAUUGGAAGCAAAACUCCAUUGGAUAUACUCCUGGAAAAAACCAACAUGUUUGAGGAAUCUGAUUCUGCAGCUACAAAAAGCCCUUUGCAUUUAGCUGCCUAUAAUGGUCAUCAUCAAGCCUUGGAGGUACUCCUCCAGUCUCUAGUGGAUCUGGAUAUUAAGGAUGAGAAGGGACGCACUGCUUUGGACCUGGCUGCAUUUAGGGGACAUGCAGAGUGUGUGGAAGCUCUCAUCAGCCAGGGUGCUUCUGUCAUUGUAAAAGACAAUGUCACCAAAAGGACCCCUCUCCAUGCCUCAGUCAUUAACGGCCAUACACCUUGUUUACGGUUGUUGUUGGAAGUUGCAGACAACCCUGACGUGACAGAUGCCAAAGGACAAACCCCACUGAUGCUUGCAGUGGCAUAUGGGCACAUUGAUGCUGUUUCUUUAUUACUUGAAAAAGAAGCAUCUGUAGAUGCAGCUGAUCUCCUGGGAUGCACAGCUUUACAUCGAGGGAUUAUGACCGGGCAUGAAGAGUGUGUUCAGAUGCUGUUAGAGAAAGAAGUAUCUAUUUUAUGUAAAGAUGCCAGAGGCAGAACACCUCUGCACUUUGCAGCAGCUCUGGGUCACGCCACUUGGCUGAGUGAAUUACUGCAGAUAGCACUUUCAGAGGAAGACUGCAGUUUGAAAGAUAAUCAAGGUUAUACACCGCUGCACUGGGCUUGUUACAACGGUCAUGAAAACUGUAUAGAGGUACUAUUGGAACAAAAAUUUUUCCGCACAUUCUAUGGUAAUAGCUUCUCUCCAUUGCACUGUGCUGUAAUCAAUGAUCAUGAAAACUGUGCAUCACUGCUCAUCGGGGCCAUCGAUGCCAGCAUUGUCAAUUGUGAAGAUGACAAAGGAAGAACACCCCUUCACGCAGCAGCCUUCGCAAAUCACGUGGAGUGCCUCCAGCUCCUCCUGAGUCACAACGCACAAGUGAAUGCUGCGGAUCAUGCAGGGAAAACACCGCUCAUGAUGGCAGCUCAGAAUGGUCACACAGGUGCUGUAGACUUUCUGGUGAACAUUGCCAAGGCUGACUUGACAUUAAAAGAUAAGGAGUCGAAUACGCCUUUGCACUUGGCUAGCAGUAAAGGUCAUGAAAAAUGUGCCUUGUUAAUACUUGACAAGAUACAAGAACAGAGCCUUAUUAAUGCAAAAAAUAAUGCAUUGCAGACACCUCUCCAUAUUGCUGCACGAAACGGCUUAAAGAUGGUGGUGGAAAAAUUGCUAGCCAAAGGGGCAUGUGUCCUAGCAGUAGAUGAAAAUGUUUCUAGGUCAAAUGGACCACGACCCUCACCUGCAACAGAUGUACAAAAGGAAGAAUGAGACUUUGUAAACAAAAACUAAAAAAAAAGCUAUCACGAACUAAUCAGCUGUACCAAGAGGACCAAAAUGCUUCAGUAAUUAAAUGGAAGACUUUGCUACUUUUAUUUUUUCUUCAAAUGUGAGUGACAUAAUGAACCAGUUUUUUCUAAACCAUAAAAAUAGAAACUUUUGAGGUAAUGAGUAGUCUUGACUGAAUUUUACAUUUUAUGAUGCAGGUUUCAAGUUGACAUUUGUAACUGAUGAUGUGUUGACCACAGUUCGGGUUGGGUUUCUUUCCAGACUAAAGAAUAUGUUCAUAUACUUUUAAUGUAAAUGUGUUUAUAUUUAUUUGAAGUGAAACAAAUGCCCAGGAAAAAAAUACCUAUGGCUUGUUCUCCUAGUUAGCAUUUGUGCAUAUUAUUUGGCAUGACGCGAAAUGAAAUGUGAAUCUAGGCAAGACUCAUAGCCUGAGUAGAAAAAGGAAGGGCUGAUGCACUUUGGGAGAGUGCCCAUCUUCUUGUAUGGAAUGCAAAGAUUAAGUCCACAGGCUAUAUUGGUAUAAAGCAGAAAACAAAAUACGUUCCCUCAUUUAAAAGCAAGGCAACUGAAAGAGCGCUAUACAGUGACAGGAGAAGGGAAAGGGUAGUGUAGCAUGGAGUCAAAGUGUUACACCCAGGCUUUCUGCAGAGCUACAUAUGUGCUGGGAGGAUUAGACGAGUUUUCUCAGUACAUGCUUUUGUCAGGGUAAAUUAAAAAUAAGGGAUUUUAAUUUUAAUUGCUGUUCUUAGCCAUGUUCCAUUGAACUGCUAAAAUUCUACUGGCAGAUUCCAGUUCUUUAAUUAGGAAAGACAUUAAUUUUGCCUUGCUAAAAUGAAUAGUUUCCUUGAACGUUAACAAAUUUCCAAAGUUUACAACAAAAAAUCACAAGGGAUAAUGUCUCUAAAGGUGAACAUUUCUUUUCCCCCAACUCUGUAUUUUCUGCAGCACAAUGAUGGAGCAGCUGAAAUCCCUGUUUUAUCCUCAGAGAUAGCACAGAAUAGCAUUCUUCUGAUUGAUUUUUCUCAACACUUUUCCUUUUAAAAGUUGCAGAAUAGCAAUAACAACCUUACUCUAAGCACUGAAAAUAAGAGAUCAGUUGUUUAAAGUUUUCAGUGGUGUCUUCAUCCUAAAUUUUGCCUUUUCAAUGUGGAAUGAUGGCACUGAAAACAAGUAAACAAAUGGGAAAUGGCUGCCACCCAUCUAAUAGCAGGAUCAGCCUUUUAUUGUAACCAGAGAUGUAGGUAAGCUCCUUGGCAGGAUUAGUUGUAAGUCUCACCCUAAAAUACACAAAGUUACACUCUCCUACAUGAAGUUGCUUCAUUAGGAGAAAUCCAGUCCUCUUUCGAAACGGGAUGAUGUAUUAUUUUAAGCAGCCAUUUGAAAAACAAAAGUAAAUCAGUAUUUUUACUUGCUAUUAUACAGAGUUACUGAAAAUAUUUCUGUAUAUUUGCAAUACCUGGUAGUUGCAUAGUGCAACAAGUGCUGCCUCUUAAUGAUGUAUUCAACAUUAUAAAAGCAUAGGUGCUUACUGAAUUACUUUGAUCCUUCUAGGAAUCAAAUCUAAACUGAUAAAAACUUUUCUGAAACUAACAGUGAUCAAAGUAUACAAUAUUCCCAAAAUCAUAGAAAUAGGUAAUUUGUUAGCAUCUUAAAGGCAUUGUGAAAGUCAUGUUUUGAGUAUGCUGUAUUUAGGAGGAAAACUGUCAUGAGCAAGACAUUUGGAAGUACUCAGUAUUGGCCUCUCCCACAUCUCAUGUGAGUUACCAGAAUCCCUUUUUUGAUAUGCUAGUACAUUAAUCUGUAAUAUAAUUUAUCACAUGUAGAAAUACAUUUGUAAUUUAUGGCAGGUAUUUAAGCAUGGGUAUCAUUCUGCUCUUGUAAAUAAUCACCUUGCCUUUCUGUGGACUUUUUACAAGAGUAAUCAUCUGUAAUUGUUGCACUUAACCCUGGAUCCUGCAAUUUACAGUACGUGGACAACUUAUGUGUCUGCACCAAGCAAAGGGUAUUUGGGGAGGCACAGCCAUCUGCCCAGGUGUAUUAGCAGGAUCGUUUCAUCCUGUGUUUUAAUCACAGCUGCAGGUGGAAUCCAUAGCAGGAUGGGGUCCCAAGUCUCUCUCAUAAAUACUGAGUUACAACCUCUGGACUGCCUGAAAUUGCUGUGAAAUAGCUCAGGGGAUUUCUGUUCAUCGCUAUUAAAAGGGCACCGUAAUGUGUUUGGUACUUUUAUGCAGUAAAUAACUGCCAGAUUAUUGAGUUAGAACAAACACAUGAAAUGAAUUGUUUAUCCAUUGUACUGUUGAGAAACUUGGUUAUGUAUCUUGAGGAUGAUUUUAAAAGAAAAAAAUUGUGAUUUUUAUUCUUAGUCAUGUAAGGAAUAUUAGAGUGCCUUUUUAUAUUUGUGUAAUAUGGAAAUGUUUUGUGAAACUUGUCUCCUUUUUUUUUUGAGUGUUAUAAAAGCAAUAUAUUACCAGUAAAUUUUCAUUUCAGACCUUCUUUGAAUGUAUAAAGUGUUUCUUUUCAUAUGUUCUACCUGCAUUGAAAUGAAAAUUAAUAUGCUAAAUUUCUAUAGGAAUAAUGUAUAAUUUUUUGCAGUGCUGAAAAUGCUUUCUUAUUACACAAAAAGUAAACCUUAGGUCAGUGUUAUAGGAAAGGGCGUUUAAAACUAGUGACAAUCUUGAGUGUGUGUAUAAAAUGUAAUUUUAUGCGUUUCUUAUGCAGUGAUCUACAUAUUAAAGCCAAUAUCUUAUGUUUUGUAGGUUUUGUCUUAUAUUUUAUGCUUUAGCAUGUGCAAUAUAUCUUUACAAACCAUGGUGAAACGAUCUGGUGCCAGUGUUAUAUUUUGCAUAACAUUUGUAAUAAACAAUAUAAAAUAUUGUUUGAUGGUUUCAGUGGGGUUUUGUCGGUAUUGUUUGCUUUUGUAAAUUGAAGUGUAAGGACUUGGGUAAAUGUCACAUUUGAAAUGAGAAAAAAAGACUCAAUUCACUGAAUGACUUGGAGUUCAAUCUGAAUCUUCUCAAGCACAUUUAAGUAACUUUUUCAACUACUGAAUGCUCUAUUAAUGUAAUGAAGAACCCUAACUGUAAACUAUUAUUGCAAUGCAUUCAGAUGGUUAUUUUUACAAAUAAAAAUGGUACAAAUACUGUUGGAAAA